AGAGAAGAGAGGAUCGGAGGGUCGAACUUGAAGAACUCCAGGUUCCUCUCAGUGAUACGGAGUAAGAGUGAAAGAAAGUGAGAUUUUUUUUUUCAAGGAACGAAGAUGGAUUGAACACUGGCUAAUACGGAAACUCGCAUUCCAGAUUCCAUUUGUGCUCCUCCUUCAAUCCAAUUUCACGGCGACAGUAUUCUGGGCAAAAAAAUUCACGCCUCCAUUUUCAAGACGAGCUAGGAUUGUUCGUGUAUUUGGUGAAUUCGUGAAAGCAAUUGCGCGAUUGACUACGCUGGAGGAAGAAUUAUUUGUCAUAAAGAGGAAAAUGGGUAAACGUAAUGCUCCACUUCCAAAGGAAAAAAAAACAGAGGAAGACAUUGUUAAGGGAAAGGGCAUGUCUACAAGGGCAGGAACACGAACGAAAACAACUGCAAGCGGGCUAAAGGCAGUGGAAGGUUCUUCCCGUGGAAAGAAGAGAAAAGUCUAUGAUGCGGAGAGUAGUGGAGAGGAGGAGCCACGUACAGAGAGCAACGAUGAUGAUGACGUCGUUAGUAUUCAUAACGUAACCACUACUAUUAGACCGAAGUUGAGUGUAGGUGCUUAGGUGAAGAAAUCGGAGACUGUUGUGUCAACCAGGCUGAGGAAAGGCGGAGUAAUGCAUGAGAAUGAUAGGCUUGAGGUGUUUUCAAAGUUGUUGUCACUGUUGGAUGACAUUCGAAGGGAAGUAGUUAGAAAAAUGGGGUUUGGAGCCCUCCUCACCCUAAAACUGCGUAACCUGUCCCCGAAAUUUGCCUACUGGUUAGUGACCAGGGUAGAUGGUGCUAAUGGGGUAUUCUAUGGUGGGGGUGAUAUGGAAUUCAGCCUAGUUCCCAUCCAACGUAACUGCGUUUUGGGGCUGCCUAUGGGUACUCAACCUGUACCGUCUCUUAAUGACAACCUAGACACGCGCCAUAGGGAGAUAGCAGACCAUAUUGUUCAGAUGUAUGGGGAUAGUGGUGGAGUUUCUGUUCAGAAAGCUUGGGAAUUUGCAGUUGGGAUGAGGGAUGGACAGGGUAAGGCGGUGGGUACUCUUGUCCUAAUUGUAACAAGAGAGGAGGACUUUGAAUUAAAAAUAGCAUUUAUGAUUGUUAUACUAGAGUUGGUGUUGUGCCCCAGCACAGACGGGUUUACCUUGGCAGGGAGGUUGUUACCUGCCGCAUCGGUAGCACCGGAGUCAAAUUCAUAUGAUUGGUGCACGUGCUGUUUAGAGUGCUAAAGAUAUGGUGCAAAAUGUUUGCGCGUCAGUUUGAUCAGCAUGGAGUUGUGUCCGGUUUGGGGGCUGCAGCCUGUUUUUGACGGUAUUCUACCUGGACCACCUGAAUGUGGUGCCUAGGCAAUGGUGUUUUAUGCCGAGGGUGGCUGUGUGGUCCCAAUCUGAUGUCAAUGCCCUGGUAGAGGCAGACAAGAAAGCUGGAGGUGACUAUGGAAGAACUCAGUCUGUUGAUGUUGUUUACGGCGAGAGACACCAUCCUCGAUUGCCAAGAGAUAUGCGGGGUUCCUACACCGCAAACGAGGUUCUGAAUGUUUUAACAACCCGAUUUGAGAGAAUCGAGGAGCAAAAUGCACAACCAAGGAGAGGUUAAUUUUAAGAAGUAUCAAACUUGAUUUGUCAAGAAUAGUAGGGGUGAGGGAUCAAGAUAGUGGGCCUAAGGAGACUCAAAGUGGAGGUACAAGUGGUGGUAGUGUGGCUGGUGUGGCUGUUGGCCCUGCUCUCGGAGGUACGCAGAAAAUUAGGCCGGCUGCAAUCCCUACAGCCACUACACAGCAGUUUGGCGUUCCGUCGCCGGUGGGUUUUGCACCGACCUUUGGUUCAACUCAGGGUUUUGGCACCCGAGGCUUUGGGUUCCCUCCGCCUUCCACUACAGUCUCUCCAGUUUUGGCGAGUGAUCCUAGAACCCCUGGUCCGUCUUCUGCGGUUUCCUCAGAUGUUCUUGGAUUUAUGGCUCCCUCUUCCUCUGAUUGUUCUGUCCUUACGAAAUCUGUGACCGCGCUACAGACUGAAGUAAUCACCACUGAAUUUCUAAAGGGAGUUCCAGUUCUUAGGAGCUCCCGGAAGAGUCGGGCUGAUAUAGAGAAGGAAUUGGUUGCUUUCAUCAAGGAGUGCCAGGGAAAUAGCAAGGAUGAAGGACCAGAGUUGAUUGAGUUCGAUGGUUUAUGUCUAACCCAAUAUCAGAUGUAUCGAAUGGUAGCAAUGGAUGAGUAUGCGGGGAUAGAAUAUGUGAGAGUGGCUAGUAAGAUGUAUACUAGCAUGUGGAAGGCAGAAUUGGGUGCCGGUAGAGGACGAAGUGUAAUGCUUGAACCUGGUUUCGGGGUUAAGGUACAAACAAACGAUCCCCCUCAGUCUCUUAUAGCCCCAUACGGUGCCCCCUCUGAAAACCUCGUCAUUCGGGAAAUGUUUGUGGUUGUAAUACCCGUGUUGCACAUGUACUUCACUCUUCCGCCGCACAAACGUUGGUAUUGUGUUGCAUUAUCCAUGAAGGAUAAGAGGAUUUGGGUGCUUGAUCCUACAUCAGACGAGCCUUUGUUAGAGCACGCUCGUUUGAUUAGCCACAUGUAUGUCAAGUUGUGUUGUAAUGCUAGCAUGGAUAAAGGACAUAGUCCAACGCAACAAAACAUCUGCCACAUUCAACCCGGUGCAAUAGAGGAUGCAAGGAUAUCACUUGCUGUUGAUGACAUCUUGUGCGAUUUGAAUUUGAGGAAAUAUGAGGUGUACGACCUUAUUUGUGGGAGGCAAGUCCGUGUGUAGGCUGUGUUUACGUGUUUGGAUUUUAGUUUUUGGAUGUACUUGGAUUACAGUUCUGUAGUUGGGCAACUCUAUUGCAUUUGAAUUCUGGUACUUAGACUGAAGUUAGUUUGGAUACUUAAGUACUUUAGUUAAAUGAUCAACAUUUGAAGGUGUAUGUGAAUAUUUCUGAUGUGAACUUAUGUAUGGGGUAUUUUCUUUUAAAUGAAUGAACAGGUAGAAAUAAGAUAUUUAUGAAUUAAGAUCUCUGAUUUGUAGUUAUGUAUGGGGUAUUUUCUUUUACAUAAAUGAACAC